CGAGUAUAAGCGGCGUAUAGCCAAUCAUCGGUCGUUUUAUUGCGCCUUUCACUAAAACGCAUUACCAUUGGAUAAUUUUCUUCCGCGCUUUCCCUAUACAAACAAGAUGGCUGGGGUUGUUGAACUCCAGAAAUUGAAGUUGGCUGAGCUCAAGCAGGAGUGUGCUGUGAGGGGAUUGGCCGUGAAAGGAAACAAAGGUGACCUUAUUGGCCGGUUGCAGGCGUACCUUGAGGAGCACGAAGAUGAGGUGAACGAAGAGGAGGUUUUGGGAGAGUUGGAGGACAAUCCUAAAGAGGAGGAAAUCAGUGAAACACCUGCAGAAGUGGCAGUAGAAAAGGCAGCUGUACCUGAAAAGGAUGCUGAGAAGAAAGUUGUAAAAAUCACUGCCCCAUCAGUUGCGGAUGAGAGGCUGCAGAAGAGGGCAGAGCGUUUCAACCUGCCUGCUACUGCUGAUAGUAAGAAAGAGGCCCGCGCUGCCAGAUUUGGUUUACCGGCUCUAUCACCAGCUUCCAAACCAGGUGCAUCAGUUGCAAAUAGUAAACUAACUGUCAGCGUUGAGGUCCUGAAGAAGCGGGCAGAGCGCUUUGGCAUGAAUGUGUCCUCUGUCGCCAAAACGGUUGAAGUCGACGAGAAGCUGAAAAAGAGGAAGGAGAGGUUUGGGAUUCUCACUGCUGCUGCUGUAGUUGGGGCCGAAGAUAGCGAGGUAAAGAAGAGGAAACGAGCAGACCGAUUUGGAAAUAAUUGAUUCAAUUUUAUAUUUGUACUUUUUUAAUGAUUUAAUUUUGUAUUUUUUUUUACUUGUUGCUCUUGUUUUACAGUGGUAAAAUGCCAACCUGUGCUGUUCAGUAAGAAAUAAUCUUUACACUAUGUAAAAGUUGGAAAUUAAAGAUCUUAUCCAAUUUCCCACAAGUGUCCUAACAACCCUUGAGUAAACUUGUCCUAUUGCUGUUGGGAAAUAAGUCUGUGUACCCCUUCAGGUGUUAAAGGAACUCCUCCAAGGGAGGGAUGGUCCUGCUGUAUCUGCUCUGCUACUUUUCAGUUGGGAAUUCAUUGUUAUAUCAGAUACGCACUUCAAUAGUUUGCCAGUUUGGAUUCCUGGCUGCACACUUAUGCUAACUUCAUAAUGAUAAAUGCAUCAUCUUACAGUAAUUUAAUAGUGCUACAAAAUACAUUUCAGACACUUUGGGAUGAUUUAGGCAUAGCAUUUCAAACAUGAAGUAUUGACUUGGCAUUGAUUUUUGAACAGAAAUGCUAGUUGGCAUUUGGGGAUGUGAGCCAGGGUAAACAAAAGCAUGGACUUUUCCAAAGACUACUUUCAUAUUGUUUUCCUUACACUGUGAUUUUUAAUUUGGAUGAACUAUCCCUUUAACACGUUUGCUGAGUGGGUUUGUAAACAGUUAAUAAUGAAUAGAUCGUUUCUAGAUCUGUAAUAAAACGUGACUGUUAUUGGA